CACAGUACUCACCAAGCGAGCUACUGUAGCUCACCCAAUUAUCUCUCUCUCUCUCUCUCUCUCUCUCACUCACUCACGCGAGAGCAAAGACAAGCAUAGCAAACGGCAAGGUUUCUGCCUAGGUGGUUGUGUGUGCUCCUUGGUCGCCGAUUGAGGUUGCUCCAAAGUCUGAAAGACUCAAAAAGUAGAACGAAGAUGUUCCUUAUUUUAUGAGCAACCAAAGAAGAAAUGCAAAGGAGGAUAGCAUCAGAAAUUUGUCUAUUGAAGAGACAGCAUUGCCGAUAUAAUCAAAAUCUGUAUUUUGGUUCGGAGAGAAUCCCAGUCCUUGGGGAUGAAGGGGAUGAUCCACUGUACUUGGAUGUACCAAGGCUCCCUCGAACAAAGUCAGAGAGGAAGCCAUAUCCAACACCAAUGAAGCUUUUGAUUCAAAGGGCAAAGAAGGAUAGAGAAGCCAGAAAGGCUGAACCUUGUAGAUUGCUCCAAGAUCCACCUGACAAUGGCUUAUUGGUUCCUGAGCUUGUCCAUGUGGCCCACCAAGUCUACUGGUCCCGUCAGUCUCUCCUCUCUGGUCUUUCUAAGCUUGUCCAAGCCGUUCCUGUUCAACGUUGCAGGUGCUGCUUUGAGGUUCACAUUGGCCAUGUUGGUCAUGAAAUAAGAACCUGCACUGGUCCAAAGAGUGGUUUCCGGAGUGCUACUCAUGUUUGGAGAAAGGGUGGAGUUCAGGAUGUGAUAUUUUUCCCCAAAUGCUUUCAUCUUUAUGAUCGUGUUGGGAAACCAAGGGUUGGCCAUGACGAGAAGUAUAGUGUACCACGAAUCCCUGCACUUGUAGAGCUUUGUAUUCAAGCUGGUCUUGACCUUGAAAAGUACCCUACAAGGAGAAGAACAAAACCUGUAUACAGUAUUGAAGGAAGAAUUGUAGAUUUCGAGUUAUUAACAGACAAGGAUGGGCUGGAGGGGAACUUGUAUUCUCAGAAUGUUGAUUCUGUAGUAGAUUCCAAUUUUGGGACCAACAUUGAGGAAAUGAUGAAAAAAUCAUUUUUUGAGAAUCCUUGUAAUCUUCUGGAUCAAUCAAAUGGUGACGAAGGGAAGAAUUUGAGGGAUUUAAGCAUCAGAACAAUGGACUCAUGGUUUGAGAUGAUGUCAGGAGCGAAGAAGAUGAUGGAGAAUUACAAUGUGCUUACCUGUGGGUACUGCCCUGAGGUUCAAGUGGGUCCUAAGGGGCACAAGGUGAGGAUGUGCAAGGCAUCGAAGCACCAAUCUCGUAAUGGUUUACAUGCAUGGCAAGAAGCGACAAUAGAUGAUCUUGUAGGUCCUAAUUAUGUUUGGCAUGUUAGAGAUCUGAAUGGGCCUGCUUUAAAUAACAACCUGAAGAGGUAUUAUGGUAAAGCUCCAGCUGUGGUAGAGCUAUGUGUGCAAGCAGGUGCACCUGUUCCAGAUCAGUAUAGGAGUAUGAUGAGAUUAGAUGUGAUUCCUCCUGAGCGUGAUGAAGUUGAUCUUGUUGCUUGAAAUAUGAAGUUUUGUUAUGCAGAUGGUUUGAAAAUGUUAAGUGGAAAUUCAAGGCUCAUGACUUUACCCUUCAAAAUGUAUCUGUAUGUGCAUCUGGCCAGCUUAUUUGCUUAAAGGCGAGACAAAAAGUGAAUCUGUAUGCUACGAAUGUUAGUUUCAUCUUCUACGGAUACCUUUUUGAGGAUAGCUUCAGUUUUAGGCAACUGCUACUUUGGAUGUUCUAGCACUACCUAAUGGAGUGUCAAUUUUUUUGCUCAUAUUAGAAUAUUACAU